AGCGUUCUGUGCUUCAGACGGCUCGCGCACACCGGAGGAGCAACAGCUCGCAGUAGCAGCGAGAAGAAAGAAAGUGAUUUAAAAUUAUUUAAAAUUAGAGGAAUAUCCUUCUGUGUGCUGUAACCUGCUCCUUCAGUCAUAGAGUGAUAUUUGUACAGAGCGAUACUGAGCAUUUUAUAAACGGCGGUGAUAAUAAUACUAAGUGAAGUGCUAUGGAGGACCAGCUGCUGUGCUGCGAGGUGGACUCCAUCAGGAGAGCCUACCAGGACGUGAACCUGCUGAACGACAGAGUUCUGAACACCAUGCUGAAAGCAGAGGAGAACUACCUACCGUCGCCCAACUACUUCAAGUGUGUUCAGAAAGAAAUUGUGCCCAAAAUGAGGAAAAUAGUUGCCACCUGGAUGUUAGAGGUCUGCGAGGAACAGAAAUGUGAGGAGGAGGUUUUUCCGCAGGCUAUGAACUAUUUGGACAGAUUUUUAUCAGUGGAGGCCACCAGGAAAACAAGACUACAGCUGUUGGGAGCUUCAUGCAUGUUUCUGGCAUCCAAGAUGAAGGAAACUGUGCCCUUAACGGCGGAGAAACUGUGUAUCUACACGGACAACUCGGUGCACCCUGGAGAACUGCUGCAAAUGGAGCUACUGGUUCUCAACAAGCUGAAAUGGGACCUGGCUUCAGUCACGCCCCACGACUUCAUCGAUCACUUCCUGUCAAAGCUGGAGAUCUACCCAACCACCAAGCAGAUCCUCAGGAAACACGCGCAGACCUUCGUGGCUCUCUGUGCUACAGAUGUUAACUUCAUUGCCAGUCCUCCCUCCAUGGUGGCGGCGGGCAGCGUGGUGGCAGCGGUUCAAGGUCUCUACCUGAAGAGCCAAGACGCCUCCUUAUCCUCCCAGAACCUCACCAACUUCCUGUCGCAGGUCAUUCGCAGUGACCCGGACUGCUUGCGGUCGUGUCAGGAGCAGAUUGAGUCCCUGCUGGAGUCCAGCCUGCGGCAGGCCCAGCAGCACAGCAGCGCCACGGAAACCAAACAUGUGGACGAGGACGUGGACCUGUCCUGCACCCCCACAGAUGUCAGAGACAUCAAUAUCUGAAAUGACUGCCGAAGGUGUUGUGAUGACCUGAUGAUGGAGGGAACGUUGUCGACAGAGGGUGGAGGUGGUGGGCUGACCUCGGCACCCCUCGCCUCCUCCUUCUUCCUGGUGGGCUGCUAUCAUGGCCGACAUGUCACUCACAUGCCCGCUGUCCACUACUUCUGCCAAGAGGGGACAGAGCCCCCCGCCCUGCAACAACUCCCAUGUCACAUUUCCUGCCAGUGUCCCCUCCCUGUCUGGGAAAAUAAAUGAACACUACAGAAAUGUACACGAAAAAGACCGAGCGCUGAUGAGCUGCGUGGGCUGGAGCUGAAGCCACAAAAAAGACAAUUUAGUAGACCUCGUUCAUUCCCUCACAUUUAAAACUAGGAUUCUUAAAAUUACCGCUGAAUCCAACAUCCCAAAGUGUCAUGUACAGUAGGGCCGUGUCUUCAGGUCUGAAUAUGAGAUCUGAGACUUUUUUGUUUUCUCUAUUGGUAUAUCUAAUGUUAUGACUUCCUGUCCAAGCUCCAGUGUUUGUGUUGUUGCAGUGCAAACAUUCAUUUAUCCCUGCUUGCUUAUGUUUAGUCACUUUAUGAUAUAUAAUUUUAGACUUCUUUUAUCAAUUAGUUUUAUACCUCUUUUCUUCCAAGCUUUUGUGUUUUAAACCAAGUGUAGUGUAAGGCGCCGUGUGUUUAUGACCUAGAGACAGUGGACUGCUGGAGGAGAUCAGUAAUCCACCGUCUGUUGCUCUUCUCUGUGUAGUUAUACCUAAACCAUUCCAACUCUGUUUUUAAAAAAAAGCACUUUUGGUCAGCAAUGCUGCUCAACUUAAAAAAUCACAGUGAUUAAGUUUGUAAAACAACACGUCAUGGGGGUGGAGCAGGGUGUCAUGGCAAGGAAGAGGCAGAUCUGCAGACAAUUUUCAUCUAAUGGAACCACAAUGGACCUUUAUGGCAGAAACACUUUUUCUUAAACAAGACUAAAUGCUGCUUGAUACUGUCAUGGGUCUCACAGAGCUGCCAUCAAUCGGAGAUUCAGUCCAACCCAUGUUUCAGACGCUGCUCUGCAACUGAAGGGAGGAGCCAGAACCUGAAGGUCCAGUAAAAGGAGUAUUCUUUUCAUUGUAAAAAUGAUACUUCUUUUGACAUAGAUAAACAUAUUAUUUAUUGGUUUUUAAGCCUUCAUUUUCUAGGUGCAGACUAACUGUGGCUCCACCUGCUGUUGAACUAUCUGCCUCCAGAGCAGCCGGAAACAUUAGUGAACUGAAGCUCUACUCUGCCUCUUCAUCGUCCCCUCGCUCGCACCGCCUAAGUUUAAAUACUGCUCAUGGAGUCUUGGAAGGGCAUGAAGCUAAAAGAAAAAGAAGAGGAGUGUUGAGACUAUGAUUUUGCACAAACCUAAAAGACGCAGGCUUUGUUUUUUGGGGACUUGCCUAAAAGAUGUGGAGAGCACAGCAGGCAAGCUAACCGAGGGGUGCAAAGGUGGCCGAAAAAGUGGCAAAAAGGGUGAAGGCUCAACAGGGAGGGGGGUCUUAAUGCUGUAGAGUUCAAGCAGGGUUCCUACACAGAUUUCACCAGCAGCUUGAUGUAAGCUUUAUAUAUGAUGAUGAUGAUGAUGGACACAUGAGUCGAUGCAGGAAGGCUCUCUGCAGAAAGUAUUCUGGAAGUAUGUCACGGUGUGUAGGAACUCUGUAGACGAGGUUUCUGAUUGUACAUUAAGGAUAGAGAGUAGGAGAGAAACACUCCGUGUAAUCCGCUGCUAUAGAAAAAUGAAUCCCAGCUACGUGUUUAAAAGAAAAAAGGAAAAACAGAUGACAAAAAACGUAACGAAUUAAAAACGAUGCUUUUCUCUUGUUUGCUGCUACAUUUUUGGUGUUUUUUUAUACAUAUGAAUGUCAAUAUACUGCCAUUCUAGGUUUGAAUUUUCUCAUAGAAAAUUGUUUUAUUGACAUCCUCAUUUGUUUUGUUUAUGUAGAUUCUAUGUGAUCCGUUUUUUUGUUUAUAAUUUCAUAAUAUGAUUUUCCGAAAUAUUCCAAAAAACAAGGAAAAUGAGACAAUGUACAGAAAUGCUUUGAUCCACAAUACCUCAUGUGACAGUCAAGAUCUAUCUCUAAUUUUUAGUCUUUAUAAUGUUUAGUCCUUAUUCUAUUCUACCUUUGGUUCAGUGCAUACUAGCUCUGUUCAACCUGCUUGAGAUGAAGCGUCCGUGAUGGAAACGAGCGAGUCCAGGGCGUGCUCUGAUACUGGUGCCAUAACAGAAAAUGGGAUAUGUAUAACUCUGUUGAGUGCUAAGCUGUCUCGGUGAAAGAGACUUUAUCCCCCUCUAGGCCCAUAGUGGCCUUAUUUCCUUUCCCCUUUUUAUAUUUAUAAAAAAAAGCUUUUUGCUCCAAUUUUCAAACUGUCAGUGAGUUGAUAUGAGUUUUUAAAUAGAUUCAGUGUCGUGCUCGGUAAGCCAUAGACUGUUUUUUGUUACAAAUCAUUCCACACAGUUGUGUCUACUUCAUGCCAGUUGUCUGCAACCUGUGUCGACUACACAAUAAAAACAUGAAUUAGA